AGAAGUCUAGUGAGACAACAAUGGCGGAGAGAUCAGAUGAAGUGAAGCUUCUUGGGAUGUGGGCGAGUCCUUUCAGCCGUCGGAUUGAGAUAGCUCUCACACUCAAAGGUGUUCCGUACGAUUUCUCAGAGCAAGAUAUCACCAACAAGAGCCCUUUGCUACUCCAAUUGAACCCGGUUCACAAGAUGAUCCCGGUUCUUGUUCAUAACGGUAAACCAAUCUCUGAAUCACUUGUGAUCCUUGAGUAUAUCGAUGAUACAUGGCAAAACAAUCCAAUUCUCCCUCAAGAUCCUUACGAGAGAGCUAUGGCUCGAUUCUGGGCCAAAUUCGUCGAUGAACAGAUUUGUGUGACGGCCAUGAAAGUGGUGGGGAAGAUCGGAGAAGAGAGAGAAGCCGUGGUGGAAGCGACGAGGGAUUUAUUGAUGUUCUUGGAGAAAGAGCUCGUCCAGAAAGAUUUUCUCGGCGGGGAAAGUUUUGGGUUCGUGGACAUUGUCGCGACGUUGGUGGCGUUUUGGCUGAUGAGAACGGAAGAGAUCGUCGGAGUCAAGGUUGUUCCGGUGGAGAAGUUCCCGAAAAUUCACCGGUGGGUCAAGAAUUUGAUGGAAAUCAAUGUCAUCAAGAAAUGUAUCCCCCCGGAAGAUGAACAUCUCAGUUACAUCAGAGCUCGCAUGGAGAAACUCAAAUUCAAAGCUCCCUGAUAAGUUCAGUAAUUAAAGAAUCUCCCUGUCUCAGUUGCUUUUAGUCCUAUGAAGGUCACGAUUCCCAAAUUUCAGACAAAUAAUUGGGACUGUGACCUUCUUGUUGUAUCUUGUUUUGUCAAGUUCUUGUCUUGUGUGAGAGAGUUAUCUAAGAAAUUUGUCUGAAAAAUGUGAAACUUUAGCAAUUAGAACGUGUUAAAGAUGUGAAUAAGUAAGUGUUUGAUAUACUCUGUGACUUCAUGUUUUUCUCUAUUCAAACAUAAAUUUUCUUUCUU